CUGUACCACCCAGCACCUCCAAGCUUGAAUUCAGUUCCCUGAACUCUAAGGGGCCAGAGGUUUGUUUCAACCUCUAUUUAGAGAGGCAACGAUCCCAGAGCAGCAAGGAAUUCCUCAAGGAGCCUGUUGUUUAAAAAGGGGAUGGUGACGAGCACAGUGGAGAUACAUCGGGUGAUAGGUGCUGCUGCAGAGUGGAGGUGAAGUGUUCCCAGGGACCGAGCAGGAGGCGUCGGUGCCUUGGGUGAAGGGAGGACAGAGGCCCCGCUGAGGAGGAGGACUUUGGCGUGGACCCGAGGGCGGGAGAGAAAGCCGCAGGUGGGAAGAGGGCGAGGAGCAGAGCAUCUGGCGGGCAGCAUCAUGACUCAAAGCUCAGAGGUGGGAAGCCUGGAGGUGUUCAAAGAAUACCAGGUGUGAGGUGGAGCUGCUGAACGGCCAGAGUUGGGACGCUCUCCGCUCUCCUUAGGUGACUGCAGAUCAAUUACAUCCUUUCCAAGGUGCAGCCACCAUGAUCUCAGCAGGCUGAUGAUGGAAGAGAAAGAAGCCGGGAGACCCCGUGCUCUAGCAUCCCUGGACGAUGGAUGGAGGACAGCCAGUCCCUUCUCCCCUGGUGCCCCUUGGGAACAUGUCAUCAGAUUCUAGCAUGUCUCUGGAGCAGAAAACCACAUUUGUUUUUGUGAUUUUGUUGUUUAUUUUCUUGGGCAUCCUCAUCGUCAGGUGCUUCCGGAUUCUUUUGGACCCGUAUCGGAGCAUGCCAACCUCGACCUGGGCUGACGGACUUGAAGGCCUGGAGAAAGGGCAGUUUGACCAUGCCCUUGCUUAGCAGGACAGAACCAGGAAUCCUUCCUGAGGAAGAGAAGUGCUUCGUGUCUCAGUGAGAGGUUUUCUUUAGUCAAUGUUCUCAGCAACUCAAAGUCUUCACCCUAUCUGGUUCUAGAACCACAAUCCAUUUAUUCAGUAAACAUUUGAGGACAUUGGAAAUGAAGAUUUCUAUUACCAACCCAAAAUAGGAAAGUUUCAAUUUCGAUAUUUACUCAAUGAAUGAAUAUUGUUGAAUGUGUGUGAUGACGAAGCCAAGAGUACCAAUAGUGACUUUGCCUAAAAUGAAGCCCUACUGGACCUGGGGGACCUGACUAGGUCACCAGGAAAAAAGACCUGAUUUGAAUCUGAAAGCAGGGCCAGAACAGACUUCCUUGCUCUAAUUUUGUCCCCCAGCUUGUUUUAUUUUCAUGGGAAUCUGGGUCCUAGGCAGAGAAUGAGGAAGAUGCUGCUGAGUGGACCCAAAGCAGGUACUUGUUUUCUCCUAAAGCUAAGAGCAAUGGGAGGCAAUGGGGAAUGCUUAGAAAUGAUUGAUCCCUGGGAAAUACGAGUGAGGAUGAUGUUAUUUUGCUUUUUAAAUAAAACAAAUUCAAAGGCUUGUGGAGGCUUGCAAACUAUUUACCAGGCCAAGUGCAUUCUAUGUAUUCAUAUUAAUAACAUGAGUAGAGGUAGCGAUACAUAAUCUGAAUUUACUUUCUCUGCACAAUUGAUUGAAAUAAUAGGUGGCUAUUUCAAGUUGUGCUUUUUUUUUUCAAUAAAAAGUUAACUGUUUGGAGGAGAAGACUUUUAUAGUCUUAAGAAGAAUGUAUGCUUAUGACUGAAUAAACCAAAUAAAACUUUUCAAGAAACAGAA